CUGCAGACAACAUCAGGCGCGCGAUCAGAGUGUCCGUGAUAAACGAGUGAUGAACUAGUGGAGAUAGGAGCCGAGUGUCUCACUGGUGUUUUCACCGUGAAGCUCAAUGGACUCAGGUGUGUCCGUAUAGAAGGACUUUCUCGGGACUAAUACCCCAAAGGCUUGACGCUUUGCUUUUUGCCUGUAUAUCCCGAGUGUUUGCUGCGCGCUGUAACUGUGGAAAGCGCCUUCGCUCAGUUCAUUUGGUAUUGAGGAUACGCUUCGCGCAUCUACCCAUGGACAAGACUCUCUCCUGUCUCAAGCAGCCUCCCAGCACCACGUAGCAUUUCCUUAAGGAACCCGUCCUGCAUCGGCUCCCAACAAACAUGGACUGUUUCCCCAUGAUUUAUUUUCUGUCGAGACAACAUGAUUCCUGGUAAUCGAAUGCUGAUGGUCAUUUUAUUAUGCCAAGUUGUACUGGGAGAGCGCAGCCAUGCUAGUCUAAUACCCGAGGAAGGGAAGAAAAAGGCGUUGGGUAAUCACCCGGGUCAGAGUCAUGAACUGCUGCAGGACUUUGAAGCCACGCUGCUGCACAUGUUCGGCCUGCAGAAGCGGCCACGGCCCAGCCGCUCGGCAGUGGUGCCCCAGUAUCUCCUCGACCUCUAUAGGCUGCAGUCAGGAGAAGUGGAAGAGGCUGAAGCUCACAAUGUCAGUUUUGAGUACCCUGAGAAGUCAACUAGCCGAGCCAACACUGUAAGAGCAUUCCAUCAUGAAGAGCACAUGGAGCAAGUGCCAUCAGAUAGACCACACAGCAUCGAGACCCCUCUGCGCUUCUUCUUUAACCUCAGUAGCAUCCCUGAGGAUGAGCUGCUUUCCACAGCAGAACUUCGGCUGUACCGGCAGCAGAUUGAGGAGCCUGGUUUGGAGACCUGGCAUGUAGAAAAUGAGGACCUCCAUAGGAUCAAUGUGUAUGAGGUGCUGAAGAUGCCACGGCCUGGGCAGCUGAUCACACGCCUCCUGGACACGCGCCUUGUAAGCCACAACACCACCAGCUGGGAAAGUUUUGACGUGAGCCCAGCUGUGUUGCGUUGGACCCAGGAGCGACUGCCAAACUAUGGACUUGCUGUAGAGGUUCUGCAUCUGAACCAAACACCACGGCACCAAGGCAAGCAUGUGCGCACCAGCCGCUCAGUGCACCACACUUCAGAAGAAGACUGGGACCAGCUGCGUCCUUUGUUGGUAACUUUUGGUCACGAUGGCAAAGGCCACCCACUGACACGCAGGACCAAACGCAGCCCCAAGCAGCGAGGCCGCAAGCGCAACCGCAACUGCCGACGACAUACGCUGUAUGUGGACUUUAGCGAUGUAGGCUGGAAUGACUGGAUAGUGGCACCACCGGGCUAUCAGGCCUACUAUUGCCACGGGGACUGCCCCUUCCCUUUAGCUGACCAUCUGAAUUCCACAAACCAUGCUAUUGUACAAACACUGGUCAACUCAUUAAACAGCAAUAUUCCAAAGGCCUGCUGUGUGCCCACUGAGCUGAGUGCCAUCUCAAUGCUCUACCUGGAUGAGACUGACAGGGUAGUCUUGAAAAACUACCAGGAAAUGGUUGUGGAGGGCUGUGGCUGCCGCUAGCUGGGUUUUAGAAUUAAGAAAUACUAGCACAAUGAAGGCAAGAUCUAAUUGGCCCCAUUGUAUACCUAAAUAUUUUCACUUGGAUGCUUAUUUAUAACGUUUAUGUUGAGAUGUUUGUCUGUCUACUUUUUUGUUUCCUUGACCAUAUGAUCAUAUAUUUCAACAAAAUAUAUAUAUUUAUAUCUACAUAUUAAAAAUAAAAGUGAGACCUUAUUUUAAACAUUAAGAAGAAGCUGUACAACUUUUCAUGGUGUAUAUUAUAUUGUAUAGGAGUUUUUAAUAAGAAAAUAGCUUACAAAUUCACCAAACAUAAAGUAUAUAUACUGAUAAUAUUUAUUUCUUACAUACUAUAUACAUUUACAAAACAAAAAAAAAAAAAAAGGAAAAGAGAGAAAUGUUUAUCUUCCCAGCCAAAUUCCUAUAAGCGGAUAAACAAAUGCAACAAACGCAUAAUUUCUGUAUGGAAAUAGAGCACUGUGUGAAAUGAUCAACUAACUGGUUUGUGUGAUAAAUCAGUUGAAGAAAUCAUAAAUGUACUUUGAUAUUAUUAUUAUUAUUAUUAUUAUUAUUAUUAUUAUUAUUAUUAUUAUUAUUAUUAUUAUUCACAUUUUCGCCAACAUUUAGACAUGUGAUUUUUGUUGUUGUUUUUUUUUUUUUUGGAUUUUUUUAGCUGUCCUAUCAGUGUGUGUGUGUGUGUGUGUGUGUGUGUGUGUGUUUUUUUUAUUAUAUAUAUAUAUAUAAAUUGUGAAAGGUUACACAACAACCUGACAUGAAAAUAAAAAUAAGAGGAAGAGCUCCAGACACGCCGGCUUUUGCAAGUGCGUUUAAAUCGUACUUAGUUUACUUUCCUUUAUGAAGAUGCAAUUAGAGUAGCUGAUUAAGUGUGACUCCUUUACACGUUUGCCGACGUGUGAUGGUUGUAGACGUGUGCUGAGACGCUGUCGACUCUCUCUGUGAGGAAUCAAAGGUUAGACCGACUGUCUCCAGCUUUUGUCUCCCGACAGCUCCUGCCGAAUGAAAAGAGACGCCUGUCGCCAACCUGUGGCCCCAAACAGACAAUAGACUUUCUGCAUCGCUUAUUUACAGUUAGACGGCUAUAAGGACUACAGGCUAUAUUCAGUGAUAAAGCCGCUUUGAACUGCCGGAUAGUAACGCGAGUGUAAAAUGGAGGCGGAGCUCAGCUUGCUUAAGGAAAUAAGCAGUACAUAACAUUACAUGUGUAAUGUCAGUACACAGUACAGCUUGUCACUGAGAUCUUUUCAUGAACAUUAAUAACCUCUAGGUAAAGUUUUAUCAGCUGGAUGCAGUUUUAUCAACUGGAUGCAGCCAGAGAUGUAUAUAGCAGCCCAAACUGAAAAAGGAAGAAGAAUCGUUCAAACUGAUGUGUCUUAGACUAUUUAUAGUCACAAACUAAUCAUUAUUGGCUUAGCAUUAAAUUCAGCAUUCAGUCAUUAUAGAUGGUUUAUGGAGGUUUAUGAAACUGCAAUUUUCUUCACAAAUUUGGGUUAAUUAUAUCUUUUAGGGAUAUUUUCUGUUAAAUAGCCCACAUACAGCAUUUAAAGUAAACAAACUCCUCCAGAUUUAAGUAAAAUGUCUAGACUUAUCUGACGGUGCUAGUCUGAUUAGCAUAAACUGUUUACCUUUCUUCUGAAAAACCUCAAACAGUCCUGGUGUAUCUUCAAUGUAUUUUGAAAAGAUAGGCCAUUUGUAAUAUCCUUGUCUGGUUUAAAAUAUGAAAAAUAACCAAAUUGUUUUGUGAUACGGAAAAAGCUAUCCAUUUGUUGUUCAAAUGCCUGUUGAUUUUUUUCCAGACCCAAAUACGUUCUUAGUUUCAGCAAGACGACUUAAUUAUAUAUCUAUUAUUUUUA